AUGGCUAGCAACGUAGGUCCUGUUCGUUGCCAUGGCAAUGAACCUUUAAACAGUGAACCUUUAAACAGUGAACCUUUAAACAGUGAACCUUUAAACAGUGAACAUUUAAACAGUGAACCUUUAAACAGUGAACCUAUAAACAGUGAACCUUUAAACAGUGAACAUUUACACCGUGAACAUUUAAACAGUGAACCUUUAAACAGUGAACAUUUAAACAGUGAACCUUUAAACAGUGAACAUUUAAACAGUGAACAUUUAAACAGUGAACCUUUAAACAGUGAACCUUUAAACAGUGAACAUUUAAACAGUGAACAUUUAAACAGUGAACAUUUAAACAGUGAACCUUUAAACAGUGAACCUUUAAACAGUGAACCUUUAAACAGUGAACCUUUAAACAGUGAACCUUUAAACAGUGAACCUUUAAACAGUGAACCUUUAAACAGUGAACCUUUAAACAGUGAACAUUUAAACAGUGAACCUUUAAACAGUGAACCUAUAAACAGUGAACCUUUAAACAGUGAACAUUUACACCGUGAACAUUUAAACAGUGAACCUUUAAACAGUGAACAUUUAAACAGUGAACCUUUAAACAGUGAACAUUUAAACAGUGAACAUUUAAACAGUGAACAUUUAAACAGUGAACCUUUAAACAGUGAACCUUUAAACAGUGAACAUUUAAACAGUGAACAUUUAAACAGUGAACAUUUAAACAGUGAACCUUUAAACAGUGAACCUUUAAACAGUGAACCUUUAAACAGUGAACCUUUAAACAGUGAACCUUUAAACAGUGAACCUUUAAACAGUGAACCUUUAAACAGUGAACCUUUAAACAGUGAACAUUUAAACAGUGAACCUUUAAACAGUGAACAUAUAUAA